GCUGAUCGCAGCGGCCCUUGGCGGCUCCCUGUGACGUAGUAUAGGUGCUUUCCGUGACCACGAUCUCUUGUCCCGUUCAUCACGAGCGGUUCCCAUAAAGAUGAAUGUGAUCGCGAAAUCGACGACCAUCUCGCCGUUCUUGCGGGUGACGGCGACGGUCGUCUCGAACGGCAGCCUGCCAGUCGCCGCGACCGGUAAAGUUCAGAAACCAAAGGUUCCCGUUCCGCCUACCGUCAUACGGAUUCUCAGCCAGAGUCUCUAUCAAGAUCUCCUUACCGGACCUACACGCAUAAGCUCGGGAGUCGCAGUCAGCACGCAGGUACACCAGCGACGAUUUGCACAUACCGACAUCCAGUUUCCAGAUUUAACGGAAUAUCGCAAGGAUGUAAUAAAAGAUUCGAAUGUAAAGUCAAGCGAGACCGCAGCAUCCCGGAAGAGUUUCACAUAUCUCAUAUCAGCUGGCGGUUGCGUGGCAACUGCGUACGCCGCAAAGGUGCUAAUAUUAGACAUCGUCGGUGUGAUGAGCGCGACAGCUGAUGUACUUGCCUCGUCAAAGAUUGAAGUCAAGCUUGACUCGAUUCCUGAAGGGAAGAGCGCUGUCUUCAAGUGGCGCGGAAAGCCUAUAUUCGUGCGACACAGAGGAGCAACAGAGAUCGAAACCGAAGCCAAGGUGGACGUUGCGAGUCUCCGUGACCCGGAAGAAGACAGCGUGCGCGUGAAGGAUCCCAAAUGGCUGGUCGUACUGGGUGUGUGCACGCAUCUGGGAUGCGUACCUAUCGCGAACUCAGGAGACUUCGGCGGUUAUUACUGCCCAUGUCACGGUUCCCACUACGACGCCAGCGGCAGGAUCAGGAAAGGACCCGCGCCGCUGAACCUCGAAGUACCACCCUACGAAAUCACGGCAGGCAAUAUACUCGUCGUCGGUUAAAGACUGUCCGAUAUCUGUAGUCAAAUAAUAAAUGUUAUUUAUGACAAGACGCUCCGCUGUGCGCACAGCGCAAGACCUGCUGUUACCGACGAGGAGGAUACGGAAGGGAGCGUAUUUUGUAUUAUAUAUCUAUCUCGAGAGAGAGACGUUCGGACGUCGAUUGGACCUUAAAUGGCCGAUAUAACGCACGAGAGCUGCUGUAUCGAAUUUAAAAUAAAUAUACUACCGUUAAGUAAGAAACA